AUGAGUAUUGAACUCCUGUCGAACGCCGCAAGAGCCGUCUGGUCAAGCAAAUCUUGGCCUUUCAGUCCGACCACCGGCGAAGCUUACCCGUCCAACGCCACAAGUAUUGAACUCCCCGAGACUUACCUGACCGAUACCGUGAGUAUUGAUCUCCCGUCAGAUGCCGGCGAGAGCCUCCCAGCCAGACAACCUUACCUUUUCCAUCCUACGGUCGGCGAGGCUUACCCAUUCAAUGCUGUGAGUAUUGAUCUCCCAUCAGAUGCCGGCGAGAGCCUCCCAGCCAGACAACCUUACCUUUUCCAUCCUACGGUCGGCGAGGCUUACCCAUUCAAUGCUGUGAGUAUUGAUCUCCCAUCAGAUGCCGGCGAGAGCCUCCCAGCCAGACAACCUUACCUUUUCCAUCCUACGGUCGGCGAGGCUUACCCAUCAGAUGCCGUGAGUCUUGAUCUCCCGUCGAAUGCCGGCGAGAGCCUCCCAGCCAGACAACCUUAUCUUUUCCAUCCUACGGUCAGCAAGGCUUACCCAUCAGAUGCUGUGAGUCUUGAUCUCCCGUCGGAUGCCGGCGAGAGCCUCCUGGCCACACAACCUUACCUUUUCCAUUCUGAGAAAAUACCAAAACCCAAAGUGAUCAUUAAACCUGAUCAACAUGUAUUCAGAGGAGAGACAGUCACUCUCAGAUGUGACAUUGAUGGUGAAGGAGUCACUAGCUGGCAGUACAGCUGGUAUAAAGAUGGUUCAGCUAAUGCUUUCAGUGAACUGCAGGAACACACAUUCAGUCCUGUUACUGAGUCAGAUGCAGGUAAAUACUCCUGUUAUGGAGCAGAGAGAGAAGGAUCAUGCAUAUCAAACAUGAGUGAUGCAGUUACACUGACAGUAUCAGAUACAGCCCUAGCAGUUUUAAGUGUUUCUCCACAGAAGUGGUUGACUGAAGGAGAUCCAGUGACUCUGAUCUGUGAGGUUUACGGCUCCUCUACAGGCUGGACAUUCAGCUGGUGCACUGUGACUCUUUCAUCAGACAGCAGUGGUCAAUAUGCUCUGCUCUCAGACAGCAGCAGAGGAGCUGGAGGAAACUACAUUGUUAGUUCUGCUGCUCUAAAUCACACAGGACUUUAUGUGUGCACAGCAGAGAGAGGACAACCAGCCUAUAAGACAGCCUUCAGCAACAAACAACCACUAUGGGUCACUGGUGUUUCUCCUCCAGUCUCUCUGAUCAUCAGUCCCAGCAGAACUCAACACUUCAACCUGGUCUCUGUCUCUCUGAGUUGUGAGGACCAGAGUAACUCUGAUAGAUGGAGAGUGAGAAGUUACACAGACCAUUGGGGGCUGGAAGAUUGUUCAUCAUCAGUGUGGGGAUCACAAACAGGGUCUACAUGUAAAAUCAGCUCUACCAUCCCAUCAAACACUGGAGUGUACUGGUGUCAGACUGAAUCUGGAGAGAACUAUCAUCCUGUUAAUAUCACUGUACACAUUGGUGUGAUUCUGGAGAGUCCUGUUCAUCCUGUGACGGAAGGAGAUACUCUGACUGUGCGCUGCUUAUAUCCAUAUACAAGCCCACCAAACCUCAGAGCUGAUUUCUAUAAAGAUGGAUCACUCAUCCAGAAUCAAACUACAGAGAUGAUCAUCUCUACUGUCUCAAAGUCACAUGAGGGUUUCUACUACUGCAAACACUCAGAGAGAGGAGAGUCACCCAAGAGCUGGAUCUCAGUCAGAGUUCACUGGCCACUUACUUUCAGGUAUUUCAGGAGAAAUGGGUGA